GCUAUCAUGUGAUUUAUUCCAGGUCUCUGAUUGGUCGCUCAGUGUUCCUGGUAGCCGCCACCUUACGUCCAGAGACAAUGUUCGGUCAGACCAACUGCUGGGUCCAUCCUGAUCUGGAUUAUGUGGCCUACGAAUUGACUUCUGGGGAAAUAUUCAUUAGUACUCGGCGCUCGGCUCUUAAUAUGUCGUGUCAGGGGUUUACGAAGGAUUUUGGGAAGGUUGAGCCAGUACUGACACUAAAGGGAAAGGAUAUAUUAGGAUUAUCAUUGAAGGCUCCAUUGACCUCAUAUGAUGUCAUAUAUACACUGCCAAUGCUCACUAUAAAGGAAGAUAAAGGUACAUGUGUAUGUCACAUGAGGGUCACAUGGGCUCUGUGGGUGUCCAUAUAUACACAUGCAUAUUGUUAUAUUAAUAUUCAAAUAGCUAUCAACUAA